AUGUCUACCUCCAUUGUCAUAGUCACAGCCAUUUUGGCAUCACUAUCCUUUCUUCUCGUCAAGCACACACUACGACCUAAGAAACCUCCCUUGCCGCCUGGACCCAAAGGCCUACCGCUCUUGAGAAACAUCCGCGAUCUUCCACCACCAGGAACACUAGAAUGGCCUCAUUGGCAAAGUCACAAAGAGAAGUACGGUCCAAUCACAUCAGUUUCUGUGCUCGGACAGAACUUUGUCAUUCUGCACGACAGACAGGUCAUCAUGGAUCUUCUCGAAACGCGAGCGAUGAAGAGUGCUUCACGUCCUAAACUGGUCUUUGCUGGGGAUAUCGUUGGGUACGACGGUGUUAUGGGCUUGAUGCCGUACAAUCGGACCUUUCGAAUGCAUCGCAAACUCACAGCCACGCAAGUCAGCCCCAAAUCUAUCACCCGAUUCGAACCUAUUCAAGAACUAGAGAUCCUCCGACUGUUGAAGAGACUCCACCAAGAUCCCAACAGUCAAAAACUUCCAGAUCAUCUGAACCAGGUAUCGGGCUCAAUCAUGCUCCGAAUUCUGUACAAUUACGAGACAGACUCUGACAAAAACGAUCAUAUCGUCACCAUGGCUAAUCUCGUGAUGGGGGAGUUCUCUGAGGCUACCACUCCAGGUGCUUGGAUGGUAGACUUCAUCCCGUGGCUUCGACAUAUUCCAGAAUGGAUGCCCGGCGCUGGGUUCAAGAAGACUGCUAAACUCUUCAGACAUCAUCUCCUGAAAAACGUCCAAGAUCCUUACCAAUAUGUCAGAGAUCAAAUGACCAACGGUAAGGGUGAUGUUUCCUAUGUUGCUGGUCUCAUCAAAUAUAUUCACCGCAAGAUUGAUCCUGAGGAAGAGAGUAUUAUUGCAUGGACUGCAGCUUCGAUGAUGAACGCAGGUACCGACACCACCGGCGCAACCCUCCUCGCCUUCUUUGCAGCCAUGGUUAUCUACCCCAAAGUCCAAAAGAAAGCCCAAGAAGAAAUCUCUCGUGCCACCGGAGACUCUCGCCUCCCUUCAUUCACCGACAAGCCAAACCUUCCAUACACCACCGCCAUAGCCCAAGAAGUACUCCGGUGGCAUACUCUUGCCCCAAUGGGUUUUCCUCACAUGACGACUGAAGACGAUACAUACCGCGGCUACUUCAUCCCCAAGAACACUCUCCUCUUCCCAGCUGUAGCAUCUCUCACGCACGAUCCUGAGGUCUACCAUGAUCCGAUGGAGUUUAAGCCAGAGCGGUAUUUUGAACCUUAUAAUGAACCUUCACCGUCGGAUCUUGUGUUUGGGUUUGGGAGAAGAUCAUGUCCGGGUCGAUGGAUCGCUGAGCAGACUUUGUUUUUGAGUAUUGCACAGACGUUGGCGGUUUUUAGGAUUGAGCGGGAGGUGGAUGCGGAGGGGAGGGAGAUUGAGGUAGGGUAUGAGCAGUUGCCGGGUGUUAUUUCUCGUGUGAAACCGUUUCCGUGUAGGAUUGUACUGAGGGAUGAGACUUAUAGGAUGUAUGUAGAGUAG